ACCGAACAUCCUCUGUCUUGCUAUAGUAGUACAUCCCGGGCGUUGCAUGGCUGAUCUACGUGGGAGCAAAAUGCUGCCACUUUUGGAUGUGCAUGGCACGGUCUCUGGUGGGAAGAUACUGUACCAUGUGGGGCCUAGUCGUGAUACCGAAACUCUUUUGCCUGCAUCACAGACAAGGAACUAAUUUUGCGGCUUGAUCUCGAUGUCGACCUUACGGAAAUAAUGGGACGCCUGUUCAGGAGAUCAGCUUGUGGACAUUGCUAGCCAUAAUCCACCCAGCCUUAGGGGUUGCAUCAGCUGCCUCUGACAAAGAGUCUGCACCCAGCAGAAAUGAACUCUGAAAACGAGAGCAUCCGCGCCAACCCGGCAGCUGCCAGCCCAGAGAGACCCAGAUGGAAGUCUGGCAGCGCUGCUCUCCAAGGUGGCGCCAAUGCAUCCCCGGGGCGCCGCCGACAGGGGAAGCAGGAAGCACUGCGCAGCACAGCACAGCCCCCGCUGCCAUCACUAGACUCCUCGCCAUCUCCCCCAGCUGUCUACCUUCGCCAAAGCAAGAAGCUUGGAGUCUCAGAAGAGCCACAGCAGAGCCAACAUGGCCCAGAGACUUUGCAGGGAGAGCACCUGCUCGAUGACAGCACAGCAGACAGCCCGGGGACGCCAGAGCAGCUGGAUGCAGCACAGCUCGGCAGCGCCUUGCUCUCCGCCUGGGCGGACAGCGCAGCCUUGCAGCAUGCGCCAGGGGCAGACGGGGCAGAAGAGGACGCCUUGCCAGAAGUGCAUGACUCAGCGCAUGCUGACCCCGCGCCUGACUUGGCUCAGUCCCCCCAGCCGCCUGUCUUCGCAGCGUCCCCUCCGUCGCUGCAUGACACACCGGAUGGGGCGCUUGUCGCUGGCGCAACCACCCCGGACCCCCCGGACGACGCCACGCUGCGCGGCAGCUUCGCGUCUGUGACCACCGGAGAGGAGCCCUUCCCAAAGGGGCUGACAGCACAGUCGCCGAGUUUGAAGAGCGCCGCCGGCAGUGCUGACGUGGCGGCCGCUGAGCUGGCGGCUGCUGAGCUGGCGGAUGUGGCGUUGAUGUGGCAGACAGUGGAGCUUGAGAGCCGGGCGUACGGCCGCCGCCGGGCCAGGACGUCCGUCUCAUCACUGCGCUCCUCUGGUGCCCUGGAGGCUCUACUGGAGGACGUAAAGUGGCAGAGGGAGGCCGCUGACGACCAGCUUGCCAGCGCAAGGCGGGAGAAGGCGGCAGCGGAUGAGCUGGUGCAGCAUGCGGGCUUUGAGGGGUUCCAGAUCGAGCGGGGGAUGCUGGAUCGGCUGCAGUCCGCGCUGACCUCCGCCGCUGCCGCCAACUCCGACAAGGAGCAGCUUGGGGAUGAGCUGGAGGCGGCCUUCCACAGGAUUGCUGCCGUGGAGAACCACCGGCUUCGGCUGGAGCAGCAGCUGCAGGCGGAGGCAAGACUGCGCGAAGCGACGGAGCGCGCUUUGGACGCUGCGCGAUACGAGGUUGAAGCGCUCAGCGCCAAGGCGAAGCGUGCGGCCAAGCAGCGGCGGCGGCUGCUGACGCGCAUGGAGGGAAUCUCCGAGGCGGUCCAGUCACCCCUCAUUACCCACGGGCAGAGCCUGCGGGCGAGCUUGGGCGCCUGGCCGGGCAGUGCAGCCGCCGCUGACUCAGCCACUGACUCACUAGCUGCGGCCAAUCCCGGGCACAUGUCUACCCGGCGGCGGCUGGAGCCUGAUCAAGCAACAAGCGCCACCGAAUCACCGGGGCUUCAACCAUCAGCAACAGAGAUGGACGAGCUGUUUGGGGCUUUGCCGCUUCCAGCUACAGGGAGCCCAAUCAGCGCCGACUGGGCGAUUAGGAGCAGGGAAGAUUCGGCGCUGGCCACUCCUAGCCGGACACAGGGCGCAGGGUUGGGCAGCUUCCACACCCCUGCCUCCUGGAUGAGGACACCGUCGCAGACUGGCCCCGGCAGCGCCCCCCGCUCCACCGACGAGCGGCGACAGCGCGCGCGCGAGGCUCAGGCCGAAGCACUCGCGGUCGAGUACGACCGGGCGGCCGAUUCAGGCUACGAAGAGGAGACGGACUCGGGCCUGACGCCAUCGCGGCUGAUGCUGCGGCUGCGCGAAGCGCGCGCGGCUGCGGCUGGGGCCGCGUCGGGAGCGCGGCGCGCGCGGGCCGGGGCGGCCGCCGCCGAGGCCCGGGCCGCGGCCGCGGAGGCGGCCGAGGCGCGGCUGAGCGCUGCUCUGAAGGCUGCGCAGCAGCGGUCGAAUGCGCGAGAUGAGCACGCACGGCGGCUGCAGGCGCAGCUCGGGCAGGCGCAGCUGCGACUGGCGCAGUUGCGGAUGCAGUGUGACAGCACCACCAAGAGCUUGUCUGGGCGCUCACAGGCACUAAAGACAGCAACGGCAGAGCUCAAAGACUGGGAGGCCAAGGCAUCGGAUCUUCAGAAACAGGUGGAGGAUGCCGGGGCGGCGGCCGAGCGCGUUGCGGCGGACGCGGCGGCUGCUCAGGAGCGGUGCAGCGAGCUGGAGCACGCGGCUGUGGGACGCGAGGCGGCGGUGCAGGACGCGGCGGUGCAGGUGCAGGAGGCGCGGGCUGCCCAGGCGGCCCGGGCCGGGCAGGCGCAGCACGCCCUCGAACAGUUCGAGCAAACACUGGUGGAGAAGACCCAGGCAGAGGCGGCACUGCGCAGCGAGCUGCAGCAGUCAACCCAGGCCCAAGCAGCGCUGCAGGCAAACCUGCGCCAGCACGAAGAGACGGUCUCCGCUCUGCGCAGCGACCUCCAGGAGCAAGGAGCUCGAAAGGAAGAGCUGGAGAGGGAACUGCAGGAAUUACAAGCGGCGGAGGGCACGCUGCGAACGGAGGCGGCUGAGCUGGCAGAGAGGGAACGCCUCCUGCGUGCAGACCUGCUCUCCCUGAAGGCUGACAGGGAGGCGCGCAUCGCCAGGCUGGAGGCUGAGGUGGCGGAGCUCAAGUCCCACACCGAGGAGCUGGAGAGCGCUUCGGCAGAUCUGAUGGAUCUGCGAGCUGCGUUCAAGGAUCGGGAGGCCACAAUAGAGCAGCUGUCGGCCGACCUCGAAGCGGCGAGGGGUGCCGGUGCGGGACAGGAGGGAACAGAGGCGGCUGACCGAGAAGCUGCGGAGGAAGCUGCCGAGCAGCUGCGCAAUGAGGUGGCGCAGCUGCGCGCGGCGCUGGACACGGCCGAGCGGCCCCGGGAGGAGCGCUCGGUUGAGGACGCCGAGAACCGCCUCGCAGAUGUCCAGAUCGAGCUAAUGGCGGCGCAGUACGACACGCGCACGGCGGCGGAGGCUCUGACGUCAGCGCAGGAGCGCGUCAGCGACCUGACCUGGCACCUGGACGACUCGCAUAGCCGCAUCGCUGAGCUGGAGGCCAGCUGCUCGGAAGCUGCCGCCGCCCGGGAAGCUGCCGAGCAGCGCGCCAGCGACCUGGAAGACCAGGCGACCAAAGCGCAGGCGCGCGCGCAGUCGCUGGCGGCAAAGUUGAAGGCGCACCGGCGCAGCAGCGGGGAGUCCGCGCUCCUGCUGCAGGUGGAGACGCUCCAAGAAGACAAGCGCUCUGCUGAGGCUCAUGCCGAGGGGCUGCGUACGAAGCUGGCCACGGCUCGGAGGGAGGCAGCGGUGCGAGAGGCUGAGCUGGCGGAGCAGGCAGCUGCCCACCGGGCGGAAGCUGAAGCCGCCGCGCAGCUAGUUGCCGCCAUGCGUCCCAAGGGCGACAACGUUCUCGCCACGCUCUGGACCGAGCUGAUGGAGGCACAUGCGCGAGCAGCCAAGGCGCAGCUGCUGCGGCCGCAUGGCUCCAGCGUGGCUGGGCCCUCAGACACCGCUGACGAUGAAGGCGUGCAUCAGAGGCUGCACGAGGUGUGGGCACAGCUGGACGCCGCGCGAAACGAAGCCGACGAUCGCAAGCGAGAGCUGGCAAUCACGCAGGCGCAGCUGGCCGCGACGACUCCAAAGGCGGGGAGUCCAGGAGGGUCUCCCGAUCGCCUCGAUGCAGGUUCUACGGAUUGCGCAGAAAAUGGUGGCCGAUCAGAGGGCAGCGGUCGCCAUCACAGCUCGCCGCCGGAGUCGCCCGACGCGGCACCCGCUCAGGGCAGCUUCCACAUGGAUGAAUCACCCAUCCGUGGCCUGCUCACCGACGGCGCCCGCGCAGCCGCGCGCCGCGCUGAGCGCCUGACCGCCGCAGCCGCUGCCCGGGAGGCGGCCGCCUCCGCGGCCGCGCCGGUUGCCGUGGCAGAGAUUGCUGCCGCCGCAGCCGCCUCCGGCAAGACCGUCGGCCGGCGCUCUGGCGGCUGGACGCCCCGUGGCAGCGGCAGCGCCGCCGGCCGCGGCCCCGGCCCGUCCGGCCCGGCCGCCGCCGGAAAGAAAGACAGCUUCGCGCAGCCGACGUCUUCGGCUUCGUCAUCGUCGUCCUCUAGCAGCGGCAGUGACCGGUCGCUCGGCCGUGAGCUUGAGCGGUUUGUGUGCGGCGGCGCGCCGGAGCAGCCGCAAGCCGUCGAGCAGACGUCACCGGCCGGCCCGGCGCUGUCAGAGGGCAGCGCAUCAAGCCCCGCCGAUCCCCAAGAAGAAGCGCAGCUGGCCGGCUCCGGCGCGCUGAUGGACGUGGUCUACGACCUGCAGGGCGGCUGCUGCGCGUCGGCCGCUGACAUCAGCGAUGACUUCUCCGUUGCCAGCAAUGCCGGCUCCUCGAGCGCACCUGCCCACGGCUGGGCAGCCGUCACCUCAGCCGCAGCCCGUCACGGAGCCACACCUGCCGCCCAAGGGAUCCCCACAUCGGCAAGAUUGCCCUCUGCAAGCAGAUGGGUGAGGGCCAGCGAAGCCGCGAGCCUUCCAAGAUCUGCCGGCUGGUCAGCUGCACAGCUCUGGUGCAGCCUCGGCUUGCGGUCGGCAUCUGUGGGGGUGUCUGCUCUGGGAGGAGUGGUGUGUGUUGGGCUGCUUUUGGCUGCACGCCGCCGCCAUGCAAUCAUGGCAGCAAUCCGGUACCUACUAGGAAUCUUCAGGCUGUACAGCGCUACCCUGCGGCAGCUGCGCUGA